AUGGCUACCGAUACUCUCAUGGAGGAGGAAGACGAGCAGUACGACUCAGCCAUUGACUCCGACUUUGCGCCCGAUGGCGAACCUAAUGUGGUAUCCUCGGACGACGAGAACGACGAGGACGAUGAAGGGCGGAAACGGAAAAAGUCAAGCAAGGAUAAUGCCGAUGCUGCCGCCGCCGCGGAAUAUGAUGUUGUCUACGAGAAUUCAGGAGAUGAGGCUAUCAUCAGCAAGGGCAAGAAGAGGUUGAAGAAAGCGAAGAAUGCAGACGAAGAGGGCGGCGAUGGUGGAUUAAUCAAAACUAGAGCACAACGGGCGGCUGAAAAGGAAGAACGACGAUAUGCGCCAAACACAGAUCCGGUGACGGUCGAUGUCGAUGCCAUCUGGAAGCAGAUGCUUUCCGGUCAACCCAUUAUCCCCGAAACGACCAAAGAAACAACUUCCAGCGAGUUGAAAGCCGCCGAAAAUGCCCCCGAAGCCGAAAGUAAAGUCGAGCCAUCCGAAAUGAUCAAAAUCAAGCGCACCUACAACUUUGCCGGCAAGGUGCACACCGAAGAGAAGAUGGUCGCGCGCGACUCCGCCGAAGCCAAGCUGUACCUCGCCUCUGAGGAAGGUCAGGCCGCCGCCGCCGCCGCUGCUGAAGCAUCACCGCCCAAGCGCGCGACGCGCAAGGCCUUUCGCUCCGCCUUUGAGCCUGUCCUUGUCGGCGGCGACGACGCCGCGCGCCGGCUUGAUCUCAACCUGGGCAUGGCGGCGCGCCUGCAAGCCGCCAAGGAGCUGCAGGCUGCCAAGAAGCUCACGACGGUGGAGAAGAGCCGCAUGGACUGGGCGGGCUACGUGGACAAGGAGGGCAUUCAGGACGAGCUGGCGCUCGCGGGACGUUCGAAACACUCGUACGCGGCGAAGCAAGACUUUUUGGCGCGCAGCCAGGCGAUUCGCGAGGAGGACUCACGGCGGGCGCGUAUGUCUGGGCGGACGUGA